AUGAUUAUUACGACGAUGAAGCGUUACCUUCCCGCAACAAGGCUCAUCAACUGGCAUUUGGGAUUCAGCAGUUUCACUUUCUCUCUGGUCAAUAAUGGUGGCGGUGGCAGCGGGUUCUUCAAUGCCUAUGCGACCUCUUGUGCGAAGCUGCAGGAUGAUCCAGCAAAUGCUAAUGCUAACAACAAUCCAUAUUCUGAUAUGUUGGUUGAUUCAUUUGGAAGGAUGCAUACUUACCUUAGAAUCUCAUUGACAGAACGCUGCAACCUUCGCUGUCAAUACUGUAUGCCAUCUGAAGGUGUGGACCUCACUCCUUCACCUCAGCUGCUCGCUCCAAACGAGAUUGUUCGUUUGGCCAGUCUAUUUGUGGCUUCCGGGGUCAACAAAAUUCGCUUGACUGGUGGCGAGCCAACCAUUAGGAAAGAUAUUGAGGAGAUAUGCUCUCAAUUGUCCAAUUUGAAAGGCCUCGAGAAGCUUGCAAUGACUACCAAUGGAAUUGUGCUUGCCAAGAAGCUUCCCAAGCUUAAAGAAAGUGGACUUACUUCCAUCAAUAUCAGUUUGGAUACUUUAGUACCUGCAAAGUUUGAAUUCUUUACCAGGCGUAAAGGGUUUGAGAGGGUUAUGGAGUCAAUUCAUGCAGCUGUGGAGUGCGGCUACAAUCCCGUGAAAGUGAACUGUGUCGUUAUGCGUGGCUUAAAUGAUGAAGAGAUGUGCGAUUUUGUGGAGUUGACCCGGGAUAGACCAAUUAAUGUUCGAUUCAUUGAGUUCAUGCCAUUUGAUGGAAAUGUUUGGAAUGUCAAGAAGCUUGUACCUUAUGCAGAAAUGUUAGAUAGAGUGGUGAAGCAGUUUCCAAGUUUGGAGAGAAUUCAGGAUCACCCUACUGAAACUGCCAAGAACUUCAAGAUAGACGGGCAUGUUGGCACCGUUUCUUUUAUCACCUCAAUGACCGAGCAUUUUUGUGCUGGUUGCAACAGGCUGCGACUUUUAGCUGAUGGAAAUUUCAAAGUCUGCCUUUUUGGCCCUUCAGAGGUUAGCUUAAGAGAUCCCCUUCGCAAUGGCGCUGACGAGAAUGAGCUUAGAGAAAUAAUAGGGGCAGCGGUGAAGAGGAAAAAAGCUUCGCAUGCUGGAAUGUUUGAUCUUGCAAAAACGGCAAAUAGACCUAUGAUACAUAUUGGUGGCUGA